GCCCCACUGGCAACGUUCAAUCGCUGUCAGAUCUGACGUCUAGUGCUAAAUGUCGGUAUUUCCUCUAUCUGGGGCCUGUAUUUACUUUUGGAUCUAAUUAAUUAUAGGGCUAUGAACAAACGGAAGCAAAAAUGUUCCUCAUGCUGAUACUGAUCAUACUUUGAUCCAAGUGAAUUGUUAUGAGAAAGGCUGAAAGGUAACACAGCUGUCAUGAGUUCGAGAAUUCGUGAAAAUGUUAAGCAUUUGUUCGAGUGUUUCUGCGAAGUGGUUCCACCGAGUGAGGACAAAGAUGCCUGGGUUAUCCAACAAUAUCCAGACAAGUACAAGGACUUGGAGGUGUUGAAAGCUGUUCCCAAAUUUGCAUAUCCCUAUAAAUUUGAAAAUGCCGUUAUUCAGCAUUACUCGUUUGUGCUAACUGACUUGGAGUCAAAAUGGACUUUUGGAUUCUGUAGACACGAUCCCAAGUCCGAAACAGCUAUUGUUGUAUUAAGCUAUUUACCUUGGCACCAGUCGUUUUACAAAUUUUUAGAUACCACAGCAGUAUUAAUGCAUAGUUCACGAACGGAAGAUUUAAGCGAAUUUCUCUCCUCUCUGUAUUACACCAGAAUAUCGGAACCCGGCAAGAAAAUCUUCGUUACGUUCAAUAGAGGCCAAAAUACGUUCGCCGUUGAUGUUCCUAGACCAUUUCAGUUACCCAGUAUUCCUGAAAAUCGCAACCUCACAGAGUAUUAUAACGCGGUUGAUACCAAUAAUAUGAUGAUUAUUUUUGCAUCCAUGUUGUAUGAGAGGAGGAUUAUAUUUACUUCUAAGCAACUAAAAAGGUUAAGCGCAUGUGUCCAGUCAGCAAACGAUAUUAUUUACCCAAUGAUCUGGCAACAUAUUUUUAUUCCAGUGUUACCCUUGUCUCUUAUAGACUAUCUUUUGGCUCCAAUGCCUUUUUUAAUUGGUGUUCCUGAUGAAGUAUUGAAGAAAGUAUCUAGAAGUGAAAUAGGCGAGGUGGUUAUCUUGGACGCAGAUAGUAACACAGUCGAAACUCCGUUUGAUGACUUAAAUAAUCUGCCCCAGGAUGUGAUCAACUCUCUGAGGAAGCAUCUUCGAAAUAAGUCUGCAGUGUUGGGCGAUGGCGUGUCUAGAGCCUUUCUUAGAGCGCUAGUGCAACUUAUCGGCGGCUAUCGCGAUGCCCUCAAGUUCCAGCCGCGACAAAAAGUGACUUUCGAUGAGGAAAAGUUUAUCGAAACCCGACCAGUGGCUCUGCAACCGUUCCUGCGGGAAAUGCUUAAUCUUCAAAUUUUCCAACAGUUUAUCGAAGAAAGAUUGACAAUGUUGAACACGGGAAGGGGAUUCUCUGAUGAGUUCGAGUUUGAGCUGGAGAACUAUUCAGCGAAGUCCGGGUCCAAAUUGAAGCAGCAAUACAAAGAAUGGACGUCGUCGAUGAAGAAGGAAGGAACGGCUUUCCUAAAAAGCGUCAAAGACAAGGCAAAUCCUGCCAUGAAAUCGGCGGUUAAAACGGUGAAAGAUGGCGGGAAGGGGAUGAAAAGCGCCUACAAAGGAAUCCGGUCGAAGCUGAAAGAGGGCCACAGUGCAGGUGAGCCCCAUCAUCCACACAGCAUGUACGAAAGUGGUAAGCCCAGAUCGGCCCCGAGUUCGCCAACCACCAAGAGGAAAACGCUCUCCGAUUUCACGGCGCCGGUGGCUUCCUAUAAAAAAGAUGCGUCUUUAGCCAUAAAAAAUGCAAACUUACAAAGGUAAUUAUAUGGGGUGAGUUUUUAAACGUUGUGAAGCCUGUUCGCCGGAAUUCGCUUAUGAAUAUAUAUGUUUUGAAUGUUUAUGGUAUGUUCAGUGAAUAUACAUGUGUAAUUUCUGGG